CGAGUGAGGGAGCGCGGCGCCCGCCCCGGCUCCUCCUCUUUCCCGUCCCCGGUCGGGUGGGCACUUGUUGCAUUGCGAAACGGCUUUUGCAGCGGCGAGACUUCUCAUCCCAUCCUGGCUGAGGUUUUCUGAACACUUCUCAAGGCAUUGGGUCAAGGCAUUUGAAACAGCUAGCUUAAAUCAUUAAGAAUAGAUGCUCCUUCAUUGUGCUUACAGCUGGGAUUUCCCACUGCCUCUCACAGUGGUAUUGCUGAAGCUGGCUGUUACUGCUGUGGAGGAUCAAAAGCUACUUCCAACUGCAUCUUGUGUGUCAACUGCAAAACCACCAGUCAGAUUCAUGUACUACUGCAGAAAGAUUUGAUUUUCCAGUCCCAAGCUAAAUGCAUACAUACCUUUCCCCACCCACCCCAAAAGCUCAUACAGGAAGUUCAACAUUGCAAGCUCCUUUUUCUUGGCCACCUGUACACCUUGUGGAGGAAUGAUGACUGAAGACUGAGUGCUUUGAUUGUGUAUUCUAGAUAUUCAUCCAAUGACCAAGAUGAGAAUUUGUGAGAACAGCUUCAGAAAGAAAAAUUAUAUAAAUAAAAGGAGGGAAGAAAAUUAUUGCUUGGGUACAGAAGAUCAGGCUUCCCUGCAGAAGCAAGGAAGCAAACACAUCAUACAUGUGUGGCAUCUAGUCACAGGCUGUGCAUGUGAAAGGGGAGGAAGUCUUGGUGCUGGAGUGUUCAUAAGUCUGUUCCUGAGUAUCCUCUUAAAAUGAACAGUGGGAAUUCUCUCAGCAGUGUGCCAGAGCUAGCUAAUUCAGAGCUAUUUGGAUACCAAACAGAAACUCUGGAAAAUCUUCAUUCCCACAAACUCUUUUGUUUUCUACUUGAAAGAAAUACAGUGAAGAAAAUGCUUCCCUACCCCUACCAGCUGUCUGUGAAUGUCCACAUAACUUGCUUGUGAUUCUUCUGUCAAUAAUUCUCUUCUGGCAAUAACUCAGUAAAAUACACUCAAGUGAUUUUAAUAUUUCUCACCCUUCAAAAUGAUGGCAUAAGAAUUUCUUGCAAAGCUGUCUCUGGUUUUCAGACAGUUAUUUACCUGUCUUGUCUUGGUUGGGAGAGCUGAGUAUAUCAGUCAUGUAUCUCCUGUGAGAAAUCCCUCUGUAAGUCUAGAAGGGCAGGAACAAAGCUAUGCAUGUGCAAGUGUUUGCUUGGAGGAAAACUUGAAGACUCAAUAAACAAAAAAUAUUGGUCCACAGUUUACUGGUUGCGAAGAGGCCACCUUGUCAACUGGGAUCACAUCAAGUGUACUGAACUCCUGUUCCUGCAUCAGUUAGGAGGCUGUGGAAUCCUUGGAGUAGGCAUCUGGCUGGCUGUUACCCAAGGGAAUUUUGCCACCCUCUCUUCUUCUUUCCCAUCCCUGUCAGCUGCCAACCUGCUGAUUGUCACAGGGACAUUUGUCAUGAUCAUUGGCUUCGUGGGUUGCAUAGGCGCCAUCAAAGAAAACAAGUGCCUCCUGCUGAGUUUUUUUAUCAUGCUGUUAAUUAUAUUUCUGUUGGAGCUCACUGUUGUGAUUCUGUUCUUCGUCUACACUGACAAGAUUGACAAGUAUGCUCAGCGGGAUCUGAAGAAAGGGCUUCAUUUGUAUGGGACAGAUGGAAAUAUUGGCCUAACUAAUGCAUGGAGCAUCAUUCAAACAGAUUUCAGAUGCUGUGGUGUCUCCAACUACACUGACUGGUUUGAAGUGUACAACACAACCCGGGUGCCGGACUCCUGCUGCUUAGAAUUCAGUGAGAACUGUGGGCUCCACUCCCCAGGGACCUGGUGGAAAGCGCCAUGCUACGAAACAGUGAAAAUAUGGCUCCAGGAAAACUUACUAGCAGUGGGUAUCUUUGGAUUGUGCACAGCUAUGGUGCAGAUUCUUGGACUCACCUUUGCAAUGACCAUGUAUUGUCAGGUGGUCAAGGCAGACACCUACUGUGCAUAGAUGCCGUUUCCACCCUUUCUGCUCCUCCUCCAAAGGACACAGGAGAAAUCUCCUUCAUGCUCAUCUAUCUGACCUUUUCCCCCCCCCCCCUCUUUGUACUAUAAACUGUGUAUAAUGCUAUCUUUCUGAAGAUUUUGUGAAUCAUCCCACUUUACUGAAGGAGGAAGAAAAGAAAAAGUCAGUACUUGAACUGGUGCAGGUAAGAAGGAGCCUUGUCUUUAAACAGAAGAAAACUCCCAGGAGCAAUGGUUUCUUUUCCAUGGCCUGUGGCAAGGCAAAGGAGGCUUCUUAUGAGGGGCUGAUCUGCAAACCCAUGGUAGGAAGAUUUCAGUAAGGCAACCUCUGUGAAACCUUCCAGGUUGUUUUCCCACAUCCCAUGGUCUGGAAGAAAGGGCAUAGAAAAUGAGUGUUCUUCAGCAAGAAGGUACAAGUAGCUAGCACAGAAUGCAAUUGUAAUUUUACUACAGAUUGCAUACAGCUAAAACGUCAAGAUCAAGCAGCCCUGCCUCCAAGUUUCUCAAGAUGAUUUUGUAGCCAGGAGAGGAUCAUCUUCAGAAAUAUGUUAUUUUAAAGGAGUAUUUUUAAUCUUUUGUGCUGCAAAGUUGGGCUUUUAAUCAGAAUCUGUACAGUGAGAUCUGGCUGUUAAGGGAAAACAAUAUUGGACAUUAUCUCACUUAUUAAUCGCCAGUGGCAUAUAGAUGGUUGACUGUAUAUGUAAUAUAUAUUACAUUCAUAUAUAUAUGUUCUGAAAGGAGGUAAAAAUACCCAGCAUCUAACCUCAGAAAGAGGAAACCUUUCUAUCCCAUUUUACAUUCCAACUGAAAUAACUGACUAUUAUUUCUUGUAGGAGGCACUAUCACUUAUACCUCUGGGAAACAAGUAAUUACUUUCAGCUGUAUCUUCAUUUCAGUAAACAACUUGUGAGUGGG